AUGCAGCACAAGAGGCCCCUAAAGACAUCCAAAACCUCCGCUGCAUCCACAGAUGCAGCAGCAAUAGCAGCAGCAGCAAUAGCAGCAGCAGCAGCAGCAGCAGCAGCAGCAGCAGCAACGAUAAGAAGGCUACUGGAGAUACUGCAGAGUCAAAACGCAGCAGCAAAAAGCAUAAAACUAAAGAAAAAAAUACGAGACAAACACAUUGCCGCCAGCAACAGCAGCAGCAGCAGCAGCAGCAAUAGCAGCAGCAGCAACGGCAGCAGCAGCAAUAGUAGCAGCAGCAGCAGCAGCAGCAGCAGCAGUAGCAGCAGCAGCCAUAGCAGCAGCAGCAGCAGCAGCAGCAGCAGCAGCAACGAUAAGAAGGCUACUGGAGAUACUUCAGAGUCAAAACGCAGCAGCAAAAAACACAAGAGUUCAGCAGCAGCAGCAGCAACAGCAGCAGCAGCAACAACAGCAGCAGCAGCAGCAACAACCAAAGAGAACGGCUCCUCCCCGCGAAAUGCUGCGGCACCAGCAGCAGCAGCAGCAGCAGCGCCUGCUGCUGCUGCCGCUUCUGCUGCAGAUGCUUCAGGCUCACGUAGCAGGAAAAAGACAGCAGCAGCAACAGCAGCACCAGCUGCAGCACCAGCUGCUGCUGCUGCUGCUGCUCCUGCAGCAGAUGCUGCUGGAGGGAAGCGGCGAAGCAAAAAGGGGCCCGAUGCAGCCGCUGCUAACAAGGCCACGCAGCAGCAGCAGCAGCAGCAACAACAGCAGCAGCAGCAGCAACAACCAAAGAGAACGGCUCCUCCCCGCGAAAUGCUGCGGCACCACCAGCAGCAGCAGCAGCGCCUGCUGCUGCUGCUGCUUCUGCUGCAGAUGCUUCAGGCUCUCAUGCUUCAGGCUCUCGUAGCAGGAAAAAGACAGCAGCAGCAACAACAACAACAGCAGCAGCAGCAGCAAGAACCGCAGCAGCCGCCGCAGCAGGGGAAAAGUAAGAUAGCAAGGGCGAUAGAGGCUAAGAAGGCAGCUGCAGCAGCAGCAGCAGCAGCAGCAGCAGCUGCUGCUGCUGCUGCUGCUGCUGAGACAAAGAAGCCUCAAGCCGACGAGGCGGCCCCGCAGCAGCAGAGGCAGCAGCCGCAGCAGCAGCAGCAGCAGCAGCAGCAGGAGCAGCAGCAGCAGCAGCAAGAAAGAGAAAAGCAGAAAGGCAGCAGUGAAAGAGAGAAAAACCAGCAACGCCACCGGCAGCAGAAGAAAGAGAGAGGACUCUGCUGCUACCAGCGGCAGCAGCAGCCGCAGCAGCAGCAGCAGCAGCAGGAGCCGCAGCAGCAGCAGACACAGCAGAACAGUCAGCAGCAGAAGCAGCAGCAGAAGAGGCCGCAGCAGGAGCAGCGAGCGCAGCGGAAGCAGCAGAAGCAGCAGAAGCAGCGGCAGCAGCAGGGGCAGCAGCAGGGGCAGCGGCAGCAGCAGGAGCAGCGGCAGCAGCAGGAGCAGCGGCAGCAGCAGAAGCAGCAGCAGCAGCAGAAGCAGAAGCAGAAGCAGAGGGAGGAAGAGAGCUGCCUCUUCUGUAAGCAGCAGCAGCAGCAGGAGGAGAGGCCGCAGCAGCAGCAGAAGCAGCAGCAGCAGCAGAGGCAGCAGCAGGGGCAGCAGCGGGAGCGACAGUGGGAGCAGCACGCAGCAGCAGCAGAAGCAGCAGCAGCAGCAGAGGCAGCAGCAGGGGCAGCAGCGGGAGCGACAGUGGAAGCAGCAGAAGCAGCAGAAGCAGCAGCAGCAGCAGCAGGAGCAGGAGCAGCAGCAGGAAGCAGCAUAGAGGGAGACAUCACCGGCGGUCUCGCGGCCAUAGAAGGCGCAGCAGCAGCAGCAGCACCCGCAGCAGCAGCAGCAGCAGCAGCAGCAGAAGCAGCAGGAGCAGCAGGAGAAGGAGGAGCCGCAGCAAGUCCCCUAGGUCUCAUCGUCGUCGCAGCAGCAAAAGAAGCAGCAGCAGCCGCAGCAGCCGCAGCAGCAGCAGGAGCAGCAGAAGGAGGAGAAGAAGCAGCAGCAGCAGCAGCAGCAGCAGAAGACAACGAUGGAGGAGCCGCAGCAGCAGCAGAAGAAGCCCCUACUCACGCUCCCUAUCAAGAAGCAGAUCCUAUUCACGUGACCUGGACCCCAGCAGCAGCAGAAGACAACGAUGGAGGAGCCGCAGCAGCAGCAGAAGAAGCCCCUACUCACGCUCCCUCUCAAGAAGCAGAUCCUAUUCACGUGACCUGGACCCGCGCAGCGCAGCAGCAGCAGCAGCAGCAGCAGGAGGAGGAGCAGCAGGAGGUCACCGUUGGCAGCUAA